GGAGGAGGUUGCGGCGGGUUUGAAAGCGCCAGUUUCCUGGCAGCUGGGGCAGGCGUUGGUCUCGGCGCUCCCGCUCCGCAGCGGCGCCGCUCGAGCGGGCGACCGAGCUCCGUGCGUGCGUCCCGGACGGAGCUUCUCCUUCCAGCUGCUCCCUCCGCUCCCGCCCCUCUGCCUCAAGCCCUUUCCCGCCGGGCGGGCGCCGAGCCCCGGCCGUCGGCGCUGACCCCGCCCGGAGACCCCGCCGGCGCCGCCCGCGGGGCGCGCGCUCCCUCCGGCUCUCCUCGGCGGCCCGCGUGAGGGGCGGCUCGCGGCGGCGCGCGGCCGGCGGGCUGAGGCGGGGGGUCAGCGGCGGGGCCCCCCUCUGGCCGGGCUGUACGCGGGGCCCGGAGCGGCACCGCGGCCGCCCGCGCGGGGGCUCCCCAUGGUGCAGCGCAGGUCGGGAUGUCGAAGACGUUGAAGAAGAAGAAGCACUGGCUCAGCAAGGUGCAGGAGUGUGCGGUGUCCUGGGCCGGGCCCCCGGGCGACUUGGGCGCGGAGAUCCGCGGCGGCGCCGAGCGCGGCGAGUUCCCCUACCUGGGGCGGCUCCGCGACGAGCCUGGUGGCGGCGGAGGCACCUGCUGCGUGGUCUCGGGCAAGGCGCCCAGUCCGGGCGAUGUGCUGCUGGAGGUGAACGGGACGCCGGUCAGUGGGCUCACCAACCGGGACACCCUGGCUGUCAUCCGCCACUUCCGCGAGCCCAUCCGUCUGAAGACCGUGAAGCCAGGCAAAGUCAUAAAUAAAGAUUUGCGGCACUACCUGAGUCUUCAGUUUCAGAAAGGAUCAAUUGACCACAAACUUCAGCAAGUCAUCAGAGAUAAUCUCUACUUAAGAACCAUCCCAUGCACUACAAGGGCUCCCAGGGAUGGGGAAGUUCCAGGGGUGGACUAUAAUUUCAUUUCUGUUGAACAGUUCAAAGCACUGGAAGAGAGCGGAGCCUUGUUAGAAAGUGGAACGUAUGAUGGAAAUUUCUAUGGCACUCCCAAGCCUCCAGCAGAGCCUAGUCCUUUCCAGCCAGAUCCGGUUGAUCAGGUCCUCUUUGACAAUGAGUUUGACACAGAAUCCCAAAGAAAACGAACUACGUCUGUCAGCAAGAUGGAAAGGAUGGACAGCUCUCUCCCUGAAGAAGAAGAGGAUGAGGACAAAGAUGCUGUUAAUGGCAGUGGAAACACGGAAACCAGAGAGAUGCAUUCUGAGUCAUCUGACUGCUGGAUGAAGACUGUUCCAAGUUAUAACCAAACGAAUAGCUCCAUGGACUUUAGAAACUAUAUGAUGAGAGAUGAGAAUCUAGAACCACUGCCCAAAAACUGGGAAAUGGCCUACACUGACACAGGAAUGAUCUAUUUCAUUGAUCAUAAUACCAAGACAACCACCUGGUUGGAUCCUCGUCUCUGCAAGAAAGCCAAAGCCCCCGAAGACUGUGAAGAUGGAGAGCUUCCUUAUGGCUGGGAGAAAAUAGAGGACCCUCAGUAUGGAACAUACUAUGUCGAUCACCUCAACCAGAAAACUCAGUUUGAAAAUCCAGUGGAAGAAGCCAAAAGAAAAAAACAGAUAGGACAGGCUGAAAUUCAUUCUGCAAAACCAGAUGUGGAAAGGUCUCACUUUACUCGGGAUCCAUCCCAACUUAAAGGUGUCCUUGUUCGAGCAUCACUGAAAAAGAGCACAAUGGGAUUUGGUUUUACCAUUAUUGGUGGAGAUAGGCCUGAUGAAUUCCUACAAGUGAAAAAUGUGCUAAAAGAUGGGCCCGCAGCUCAGGAUGGGAAAAUUGCACCAGGUGAUGUUAUUGUAGACAUCAAUGGCAACUGUGUCCUUGGUCACACUCAUGCAGAUGUUGUCCAGAUGUUUCAGUUGGUACCUGUCAACCAGUAUGUCAACCUUACUUUAUGCCGUGGUUAUCCACUUCCUGAUGACAGUGAAGAUCCUGUUGUGGACAUUGUUGCUGCUACCCCUGUCAUCAAUGGGCAGCCAUUAACAAAGGGAGAGACGUGCUUGAAUACUCAGGAUUUUAAACCAGGAGCAAUGACUUUGGAUCAGAAUGGAAAACCAGGCCAAAUCUUGACCAGUGACCAUCUCAAUGGUUCAUCAGAUUCAAGUGAACAGAGAGCAUCCCUGGCAUCAUCGGGCAGCUCCCAGCCUGAACUAGUGACUAUCCCUCUGAUUAAGGGCCCUAAAGGCUUUGGGUUUGCAAUUGCUGACAGCCCAACUGGACAGAAGGUGAAAAUGAUAUUGGAUAGCCAGUGGUGUCAAGGCCUUCAAAAGGGGGAUGUCAUCAAAGAAAUUUACCACCAAAAUGUGCAGAACUUAUCACAUCUCCAGGUGGUAGAAGUACUAAAGCAGUUCCCAGUGGGUGCGGAUGUGCCUCUGCUUAUCCUAAGAGGAGGUCCUCGUUCACCAACUAAAACCACCAAAAUGAAAACUGAUACAAAGGAAAAUUCAGGAAGUUUGGAGGCCAUAAAUGAACCUAUUCCCCAGCCUAUGCCUUUUCCACCCAGCAUUAUCAGGUCAGGAUCCCCGAAAUUGGAUCCUUCUGAGGUCUACCUGAAAUCUAAGACUUUAUAUGAAGAUAAACCACCAAACACCAAAGAUCUGGAUGUUUUUCUUCGGAAACAAGAAUCAGGGUUUGGCUUCAGGGUGCUAGGAGGAGAUGGACCUGACCAGUCUAUAUAUAUUGGGGCCAUUAUUCCCCUGGGAGCCGCUGAAAAGGACGGGCGGCUCCGUGCUGCCGAUGAAUUGAUGUGCAUUGAUGGGAUUCCUGUUAAAGGAAAGUCACACAAGCAAGUCUUGGACUUAAUGACCACUGCUGCUCGAAACGGCCAUGUGUUACUAACUGUCAGAAGAAGAAUCUUCUGUGGAGACAAGCAAUCUGAGGAUGACAGCCCUCAAGCCUUCACACAGAAUGGAUCCCCCCACCUGAAUCGGGCUGAGCUCCCAGCCAGACCUGCCCAGGAGGCCUAUGAUGUUAUCUUACAGAGAAAAGAAAAUGAAGGGUUUGGUUUUGUCAUCCUCACCUCUAAAAGCAAGCCACCUCCAGGAGUUAUUCCUCAUAAAAUUGGCCGAGUCAUAGAGGGAAGUCCAGCUGAUCGCUGUGGAAAACUGAAAGUCGGAGAUCACAUCUCUGCGGUGAAUGGGCAGUCCAUUGUUGACCUGUCUCAUGAUAAUAUUGUUCAGCUGAUCAAAGAUGCCGGAGUCACUGUCACACUGACAGUCAUUGCUGAAGAAGAGCAUCACGGUCCACCAUCAGGAACAAACUCAGCCCGGCAGAGCCCAGCACUGCAGCACAGGUCCAUGGCACAGGCACAGACCAACCACAUACCUGGGGACAGAAUUGCCCUAGAAGGUGAAAUUGGGAAAGAUGUCUGCAGUUCCUACAGACAUUCGUGGUCUGACCACAAGCACCUCGCACAGCCUGACACGGCAGUGAUUUCCGUUGUGGGAAGUCGGCACAAUCAGAGCCUUGGGUGUUACCCAGUAGAGCUGGAGAGGGGCCCUCGGGGCUUUGGGUUCAGCCUCCGAGGAGGGAAAGAGUACAAUAUGGGUCUGUUCAUCCUUCGCCUCGCUGAGGACGGCCCUGCCAUCAAAGACGGCAGGAUUCACGUUGGUGACCAGAUUGUUGAAAUCAAUGGGGAACCUACACAAGGCAUCACACAUACGCGAGCAAUUGAGCUCAUUCAGGCUGGUGGAAAUAAAGUUCUCCUCCUUUUGAGGCCAGGAACUGGCUUGAUACCUGACCAUGGUGAUUGGGAUAUUAACAGUCCUUCAUCUUCCAAUGUCAUUUAUGAUGAACAGCCACUUCUCCCAUCUUCACAUUCUGCUUCCAUGUUUGAAGAGUCUAAUGUGCCAGUAACCGAAGACUCUCUGAUUAGAGUUCAGAUAUGUGAAAAGGCAGAAGAACUAAAGGACACUGUACCAGAAAAGAAAAGCACUUUAAAUGGAAGCCAGCCUGAAACGAAGCAUCAGAUUGUUUUCCAGAAAAAUGUGAGUAAGAAGGGUCCACCCAAUAGUUAUGGGCAUGAGAAGAGUCUACUAAAAGGAGAAAAUAGUGUCACACGAAGAGGUAGAUCUGCUAGUCCCAAAAAGUCAGCCAAUCGACAUUCAGACGAACAUGCGGAAAAGUUUCCCAGGCCCCUAAAAAGUGACCCCAAAGGAAAAUCUAGAGAUCGGUCACUCAGCCCUAGGAAAGGAGAGACUAAAGGUCAGAUCACCACUAAGGCAGGCUCUGGACAAGAUCCCUGCAGAAAAGGCAGGGGACGCUCUUCUAGUCCCAAGAAGCAGCAAAAGAUUGGAGGCAGCAGCCCAUCAAACACUGAGAGCAAAUUACCAGAGGUUGGGAGCCAAAGAGCAGCAGGCCAUAUUUUCGACAGUACUGAACAGCUCCCAGAUGGUAAAGAAAAGUCGGGUGUCAUCAGGAAAGACCUGAAGCAGAAUCAACUGGGUAAAAACAGAACGAGGUCUCCAGAGAAAAAGGGCCAUAAAAUUGACGAAACAUCUCUUUCAUCGAAAAAGACUAACAACACUGCCAGCAGGGCGAUGUGUGAGAAGGAGAAAGGAAAGAAGCCAACUGCAGGAGAGAGCGUCCAGAUCUCAGCAAAGAAGCUCAAGCAGGAACCUGAAGAGAAGGUGAUGUUAAAUAAAUCAGGAGAUGACAAACAGAAAGAUCCAGAGGCCACUGACAAAUGCAAGGAGCAUGCAGGGAGCACACCUGAAAACAGCUCUCCAGUCAAAAAAGCACCCAUCACUCCAGGGCCCUGGAGGGUGCCACGCGCAAGUAAAAUCACAGGCACCAUUGGCAUGACUGAUAAACAGCUGUGACCUUUUGUAUAAUUCAAAGAAAAUUUAAGUUGUUAUCUUUUACUAUUACACAGCAUUCUCUUAAAGGGGAGAGGUGUGUUUUUUCCCCAGAAAGUCUUCAAUAUCUAAUUGGAGCAUCAAGUUAGCCAGGCUGCAUGAAGGGCUUCUGAGAUUGCUAAGUCCCACCUGGCCCUUGCUGGCUGCCCUUCCUCAUGCUCAGGAAGGAGCUGCACCCAUGGGCUCCUCUGCCACGCCCUGCUCAGGCCACCCGCUCAGCAAUGACAUGAUCUUAGCAGUGUGGUCACAGCUCACUUUGUAUUCGUGCCAAGUUAUCUACUGUAUCAUGUCUGUUUUAUCCUUCCCAUUCUGAUAUUUCCAGUCAUCAAACAGUUCAGUUUGGCUUGAAGAUAUUUUCAAUAGCAUGUUGCAUGUUUACAGAGAGAAAUAUUUGAGUCCUUGCAGAGGAAGAAAUUGUUAGCUGAUCAUUAAAGUUGGCACUUGGCCUCUUCUCACAGCUUCUGCCCGUCUACUUUAAAAGUGCAACUAAGAGACAUCACUAUGUUACAGGAAAGGUCAAAUAUUAAAGAUGCUUUUUUAUGGCUAAGGUGUUUCUCAAGUAACUGCUGAAGAUAUUCCUUACAAUUGAAUGCUCAAAAUCCUGCCAUGUUAGCCAACCCUAAUGUAGUUAAGAGUGUCUCAGACCACCUGCUGUAGUGAGAGAAGUGCAGAAGCAUGUAGAAAUACCAUUUCUCUUCAAAGAAAAAUUACUAUAUCUGGAUAUCUUGACUAUUAAUCAUUAGUCUCUAAUACAUUAUUGGAAAGCCAAAAUAUAUAGAUCAUUGUGAGAGACUUAGUCAUGAAGCCAGUGCUACAGCCAGACGAAGUACCAGCUCCUGUGGCGGCAGAUACAUGAGUUUUAAGAAUUUAGAAGCAGAGCCUGCAUUGGGCUUCUGCAGCAAGUCAAGACUAAUACAGUAUAGACUGUGUGGUGGAACUUUAAUUUUUAGCUAAUUAACUAAAAACAGGAAAAGCUUUCAGAGUUCUUUUCUAAAAUCUAAGAAAAACUGUUUGCUGAAAGUUGGAGACAAUUUUUAACCUCAUGCAAUAGAUCAGGAUGUUAGUUAGGUUCCCUGAAACAGCAUUCAGAAGCAUCUAUAAAUACAGACAUUUCUCAGACCAAAACUGUCUACUUAUGGAGUAUUUGAACACUCAUUCUGUUACCCCGUGAGUCUGACAAACUCCACUGUGACCAACUGUACUGACCCCUGUAGAAAACACAUGCUUCCACCCAGAACUAUAUCUACCCAUCUAUGAUAUAUACUUGAAUAGAGCAAAAUUAGGAGGCUUGAUGAAUUUAGUAACACAGAAAUGAUUUAUUUUCCCUAUAGUCCACAAUUAGUGACAUAAAUCCUAUUUUUAUUGUUAAACUGUGACAUAACUUUGAUGUCAUAUGUUGUCAGUCUGAUGUGGCUCUUCCUAAGUAACCUGUCACUGUAUUGAUUAUAUACUGACUUAGCCAUGUGGUCUUGGAAUGCUGAGCAAAUAUGGAUGUCCUGGCUGUAAAUGUUUAUAUAUGUACAGUACCUUUAUAUAUACACUUGAGGUUCUGAUUAGAGAAAGAUCUGUAAAUCGCUCGUUAUUUUUUAUAUAGAUAUUAAAAAAGAAAAAAUUUAUGUCCUGCUUUUUUUUUAAA